GCUGGGGGUGUAAAGGGGGCAGGAGCUCGGCGCUGGGGGGAGCGUGGUGACGGCUGAGACACUCAGAACACAGGAGACCUUUCGUGGUGGCUUGAUUCACCUUCAAAGCGCGUCUCUCCCAGCAGAGACACAGCCCAGCCCGGGACGCCGGCAGGCCUGAGAGCCGAAAUAUUCCUCAGCCGAAAUAUACCAGAGGCAGGAGGGUUCAGCAGCCGACAGCCCCUCCAGGGUGGGGGAACCUAUCGCUUCAGCCAUGCCCAGUUUUGGUGCCUUCAUCCCGCUCCUCCUCUUCAUCUUCCCUGGGGCCUCCUCCCAUUGUCAGACAGCCACGGAAAAUGAAUGUGACAAGCACACGGCCUUCGUGCCCAGGCACAGCCUGGCUGGGGAGGGCAUCGAUGUGACCACAAUGGCCAGGAAGGGGGCCUAUCUGGUGGACAGCAGCCUCUGGCAGCACGAGGACGGCACCUGCACCCUGUGUCGGAACCCACUGCAGGGAGAGCAGUGGCAGAGGCUGCCGCUGGCUGUGGUGGACUGGCGGGUCCACGUCUCGUGUGGCCGGAAGCUGAGCAGCUCGGUGCAGCAGUCGGCGAUGGGCAUGAUGGAGUCGGCAGCGUCCGUGGUGCAGAAUGACUGGAAGGUGGGGCUGGACGUGCCUGUGAAGCCCAAAGUUAAUGUCCAGGUGGCGCUGGCCGGAUCACAUUCCAAACUGGCCAGUUUCGUGGUAGACCACACGCGGAUGGACAAAUACAGCUUCGUGAGCCAUGAGGUGUCCUGCGGCUAUUACAGGUUCCGGGUCAGCGAGAUGCCCCCGCUCACCAGCCAUUUCACUCUGGCGCUGGAGAACCUCCCGGACCAGUACGACAGCAAAUCGAAGGUGGAGUACCAGCAGCUAAUCAACAACUAUGGCACCCACUACGUGUCCCAACUGCAUCUGGGGGGCCGGGCGCGGGACGUGACGGCCGUGAGGGUCUGCGAAGCAGCAAUGAGCAGCUUGACUGAUGACGAGAUCAAGGACUGCUUGAGCGUGGAGGCGGGUGUGAGUAUCGGACCGGGCUCUGUCAAGGGUGGGUACAGCAAGUGCGAGGAGGAGAAGAAGAAAGGGAAGGUUCGGGGGAGCUUCCAUGAGACGUAUCGGGAGCGCCACGUGGAGGUGGAAGGAGGACAGAGCACGACUGACAUGCUGUUCUCUGGCACUGAUGCCAAGGUUUUCUCGGCCUGGAUAGAGAGUCUCAAAGCCAGCCCCGGCCUGGUGUCCUAUUCGCUGCACCCCAUCCACAUCCUGGUGGAGCAGGACGACCCAAAGCGGGAGGCGCUGAAGCGGGCAGUCAGUGAGUACAUCCUUGAGAGGGCCCUGGUGAGGAAUUGCACCCGAAGCUGCCCCCCGGGGACUCAACGCAGCGCCCACGACCCCUGCUUCUGCGUCUGCCCCGGGGAUGCCAUGACCAACACCAUGUGCUGCUCGCGGGAGCGCGGCCUGGGGAAACUGAUGGUCACAGUGAAGAAGGCCAGUGGCCUGUGGGGGGAUUACUUUACCGCUACGGAUGCCUUCGUCAAGGUCUUCCUUGAGAGAAGGGAGCUACGGACCAACACAAUCUGGAACAACAACAAUCCCGUCUGGAACGUCGACUUGGACUUCAGUGCCGUUCACCUCACCAGCGCCAGCAAGAUCCGUGUCCAGGUCUGGGACGAGGACAACAAGUGGGAUGAUGACCUGCUGGGAGGCUGCGACAUCCCGCUGGAGGCUGGGGGGCCCCACCAGAAGGAUUGCUACCUGAACCACGGCCGCAUCUGGUUCCAGUACAGCCUGCGCUGUGGGCCCCACCUCGGGGGCCGGAGCUGCUUCGACUAUGUCUCCCAGCCACCGCAGCAGAGAACAGCCAAGGGGAAAGAGGCGGAGGCCUUCUGGUGAGCCCCUGAUUGGAGGGGGGCGUGGGUGUGCAUUGGUCACUAGCGCUCCCUGUCCCCCAGAGCAUUUCCUAGUUCCCGCUCUGCUGAUGCUACUGAGCUUCAUGCUGUCACUUCUGCUCGGGAAUCGGUGUCUCCAAUGCCCAUAAGAGAGUCUCUGCUCCUGUAGCCCGAUAUCCUCACAGCUCCCUCUGGGAAAACAUCCCACCAUGAACCGCCCGUUCCGGAUCCAUCAGACCAGUGUGUCCAAUGAUUCCCACCAUCCAAUGUAUGCAUCUAAUCAACAAACUAAUGUAUGUACCUACUGCAUACCUGAUCUCAACCUAUUUACCAUUGUGGGUUGCAUAUGCAGCUCUCUAUGUGUUAUUUUGGCCACAUCCACACUGCAUAUGUACUAUCUGUCUGGCCCUCAGAAUAUGCAGCUGCGGGUUAAGAACUACAGAUCUAGAGCGUCCAAUGUAACUAACCAACCAACCAACUAAGGUCUUCAGUACGUCCAACCAACCAACCAAGUUGUGUAGCCAGUGCAAGCAACCAAACAAUGAAUGUCCUAAGUACACCCAACCAACCAGUCAACCAAUAUGUACAGGCAGGGCAACCAAUCCACAGCCCCAUGUAUCCAGCCACCAACUGUAUUUAUCUGUCUAGUGUAUCCACUUGAAAACUGAUUUUCUCUACAGGACCCUAAGGCGCAAAUCUGAGCCCUGUCAUACUGCGGCUUCAGUGAUUAACCCUCUGGAGAAACCCGAAGAUAUUCCAGGAUGGACAUGGUUCAAAGCACCCAGCAGAUGGGCUGGGGUCCCGGGGGGAGGAUUCGUUAGGGGGCUAUUCCCUAAGUGUUGUUUCUGUUGCUUUUCACAAUUACCCAGCUGCUUUGGAGAUGCUUAUAUUAUCAUGAAUACACAGGCUCCAUCCACCAACCAGCUGGAUGUUCUCUGCUCAGAUGGUUAUCAAAGAUGAUGACAUAGCACUCCUUCUCACUAGGCUUCAGAGUUAAUACACAGGAGAACAUGUCCCAGGCUAUAGAUUCCGGCGGUCAGCAGGCUCAGGGAGAUGGCAUUGCAUUGGGGUCUCGUUUGGGAAGGGCAAAUUUUCCCUAAUUUGGAGAUUAAUGCUUCUUCCUCUCUCACUCUUACCUGCAUCUGUUGAGAGCCUAGAUCAAUAGCUCGACGGUGCACCUCACUGAUGGAGUGG